UUCCCGUAUAUAUAUAUACCAUAUGUAUAUAUAUGCUCGGCGUGUAGCGCACAUGUGUACAGAGCCUAUGUGGCUGUGUGAGGUUUUAUCAGAAGAUAUCUUCAGGUCGUAUCUAGUAUAAUGAUAACAUGCGUGUUCAUACAUUCACGGUACCGCACCUCUAACGCGUCGUGUUUCAUUUGCCGGCACAUUUUUUUUCUUUAAAUUCUCAUAAAAGACAGAUGUUUCCUUUCUGUUUUAUUUCAUUUAUUUCGUCAUGAAUUUCUAAAACGUGACCUCCAAUUCAAGAAAUCAACGAACGAAUGCCGCCGUAGAAAAAAAAUUUAAAGUUGAACACAGUGUGUUUUUAAAACGGUUCUUUGGUAGAUGAAAUAUCGCGUGUGUGCAUUUCUAGAACGGUCGAGCAAUGACAAUAGGACCUCGGGAGGUGAUGAGGUCGGAGGCUGAAGGUUUCACAGGACCAGCGCAUCCAAUUUCCGAGCAAUCGAUAGAUUGUGGUUGCAGUCAAGUGAGAUGCCCGAAAUUAGAACGAUUUGCGACACGCUGUGUGUUUGUAAGCCUCCUGUGUUGGUUGGGCCUAUUACAAGCAGCGGCGCAUUCAUAUUUAUACAUAACAAGUUCCACAGUCGCCAGAAGAUUUCAAAUUGAUCCCUACUCGAUGGGAUGGAUUCUAGCAGUUUCGGAAAUCACGCCAUUUUUUCUAGGACUUGUCAUUGCAUAUUGGGGCGAUCGAAUUCACAGAAUCUGUUGGUUGGGUGGUGUUAUAUUUUCACAAUGUAUUGGAUUUAUUUUAAUUAUAAUGCCCCAAUGGGACACUCAUUAUAGAGUUAUUGAACAAGCGACAAAUAACACUCACAUGUCUUUGUACGCAGACGAAAGUCAAGAAUUAUGUUUGAGCGCUUCAUCGAGAAUUGUAUUUGAAGACGAGCACAUUCAAUAUGGAGUAAUAUUUAUUCAAAUUUUCGCUCAAAUUUUAACUGGUAUCGCAAAUAUUGGCUAUUAUGCAUUUGGAAUUUCCUAUUUGGACGAUAAUACAAAAAAAAUUCAUAUUUCGUCAUUUUUGGGAAUUAUUGUUGCUAUCAAAGUAAUUGGUUCAUUGCUCGGUUAUAUUCUCGCCUGGGCUUGUCUCAGAAUAGAUUCGGAAAAUUUGGAAAUUGUUCAAUCGUACACUGAACAAAUUGGAGCAUGGUGGCUAGGCUGGCCAAUACUGACAGUUCUUAUUUUCGUUGGAGCUAUUUUUCUCUCAUGGUUUCCUCGAAGAUUGCCAUCAGAGGUGGUGCAGCAGGCGGCGGAAACAAUACUCGACGAAGCAAGUGGAACGUUACGAACUUCGCAAGUGGCCUUCAAAAAAGUCGGCAGCACACGAUUCCUCCCAUCGAUAUUGAGGCUCGUUACUAAUAAAAUUCUGAUCUCUAAUGUUUUUGCAGCAGCUUUCUGUGCCAUGGCCAUUGUUAAUUUCAUAGCAAACGAAAACAUAUUUCUUGAGUCACGUUUUUAUGUGCCCAGGCCUACUGGUUUACUUCUUGGAUUUAGUGAUCCUCUCACUUCCCGUAUUGCAACAACAUUUCUAAAACCAGUUGUGAUUGGAUUAGUUGUGAUAGUAUCGGGAUUGGUAAUCGCAAAAGCAAAACCGAAAGCCAGGACACUAGCUAUUUAUAGUAUCGUAAUCACUAUCGUAACGGGAAUUAUACUUAUUUCUCUCGCAUUUGUUGACUGCGCCAAGAAACCAAUAGUUGGCGUCAAUAAUAAUGGAAUGUUUGCUUUAUCGAGGCAUUGCAAUUAUGAUUGUCAGUGUUCACGAGACGCUAACUUCAGACCCGUGUGUGACAGCAGUGGGAUGAAAACAUUCUAUAGUCCCUGUCAUGCUGGCUGCACUCAAUCUAAUUACAUGAAUGGUGAAAAAAUAUACAGUGGAUGCAAGUGCCUUUUGUCGGCUGGAUUAAUAGACCCGAGUGCACGGGAUGGCUCUUGCGGAAACGAGGAAUGUCAAUUUGGUUGGCUUAUUUUUGAGGCUGUUACAGUAAUAGCGUAUUCUCUCCUGGCGUCAAUCAUCAUAGGCGACUUGCUCAUCAACUUGAGAUCCGUUUACGUUCAAGAUAAAGCACUCUCAAUAGGCUUUUGGCUAACUUUAGUCGCAGCUUUCGUUCACAUACCGGGAAAAUUAAUUUAUCAAAAGAUUGCCGACUCUGCUUGUAUUUACUGGGGAACUGCAGAGUUUGGUAUUUGUCGCUUGCAUUCGAGAAAUCUUGGCAAUUACCUAUGUUACGUGACGAUUUUAUUCUUGGCCAUAAGCCUCUUAUUUAAGUCUCUUGUUUGGUGGUUUUGUCGUAAUUUGAAUCUUUACGAUACGCUGAUUGAGGAAGAGGAGCAGGGCAGAGAAUUGCAGGAUAUCACCCAAUCACAAAGGGAACCGUUACUGAUUGAAGAGGUUCCGCCAACACCACCUGAAAUUGAAGAAGUAGCAGGUCCUAGUCAAGUAGAACAAAGAAGAACGGUUCCGGCCGGCGCUGUUCAGGUGUUACCAAAGAAGAUCGACGACGAUCAUCAGAAGAACAACGGUCCCUUGAAAUACGGACCCCUAGGACCAGGAGAUCGUAGAACCACUUCACAAUUUCCAAAAGCAGAAAAGAAUCAAAAAUCAAAAGAACAAAGUCCAGAAGUCAACUAUGACACUGAUAACGAACUAGAGACAUCAAGUGACGACGGUAGUGUACCUCUAAAGAAAGCAAGUCCCAAAGUUUCCUACCAACUCCUCGAGCAUGAUUCCGAUCACGAUGUCAACGAAACACCUCCUAGAAUAGAAUCUGUCCCUCCUCCUAAACCAGAAGCAGUUGUUCCUAUUUUGAAAUCACCACUUGGAGCCGUUCCACGUGUAUUUCCAAAUCCUGAUCACUACGAGGAUCCGAGAAUCUUCAGAGCCACAAGUCCAAUUGAACGACCAUGGAGAAAAACGGGCGACUUUAACGAAAUUGGAAUUCCGAUCGUCGAGCCUAAGAUAGAAACUGCGAGGGAUUUGAGAUCAUCAAGAGAGGUUCUUGAGGAGAGGAUGCUCUCUCCACAAUAUCAGCAGAAAGCUAGUCAAGAUCGAUUGGACACAGUGAAGACAUUGUUCAGAUCACUCGAAGAUGGAAAUUACAAAUCACAACCAGACGUCACGGUAAAUGGGGCACCAAUUUCGAUAAGACCACCUUCUGGUGGUCAGGAUUCUUCCGGUUUUGGAAGUUUGCCCGAUGUCCGUGACAGAACAACUCCCCAAUUACAGGAGACAAUUUCCAGUUCUAGGGACAAUAUUUCGAGCAAAAAUUUAAAAGUACAACCAUUCGCAUGUACGGAUUUAUAAAAAUAUGAUCAAAAGUGAUAUCUCUCUGUGAGAAGGAAAAAAGAACAGAAAGUAAACAGACUUUUAAUGAUAAAUUUAGAUUCCCUUCCGAGUGUAUAUUUCUGAUGAGAAAUAAAUUCGAUCAAUAGAAGGUAAAACAUAAAGAAAUUUAUGUUAUUUUGUUAAGUCGCAACCUCUCGAUGGUGUGGUUUACCGUUAUCUUCAGGCUAAUUUAAUUAACUGUAUAAUUAUCUUAUUGAUGGACAUAUUUUAAAUAGAGUCACUAGGGUGAGAGAUUUGAAUGUAUUGUUCACAAGCGUUUUUUCUUUCAAUUACCAUAUUUCAGAAACUGUGUCCAAAGCAUCUAAGUCUCUGGGAUUCAUUAUGAGCAUUAAUUGAUGGCACUCCAAUGGGUUCUCCCAUUUCAUCACUUUUUUGCUGACAUUGUAAUGGAUGAUUUGGAAUCUGAUUGUCUUAACGUCUUAAAAACUCAAUAUAAUUGUAUUUUAUUAUUUUACUACAGAUAAGUUGACGAUACGAUCAUUUGCAUUCACAGAAACCAUAUUGACUUGGUCAUUAAUACUUUUAAUUCUUACAAUAAUAAUUUACAAUUCACUUACGAACUACAACUUGAUAAUCAAAUUAAUUUUUCAGAUGUCACUUUAAAUGUUAUGAACAAUAAGAUGUUACAUUAUUGGUAUCAGCAGUCAACCUCUUUCGAUAGACUUAUCAAUUACUUCUAAAGUAUAAGCAAAUUCCUAAAAUUUAUUGACUAUUCAUCAUUUAACAAUUUCAAUUUUGCUAAUUUGUUCUAUUCCGAUUGCUAAUAAAAAUCUUAAAUCAAUUGUAAAACUGGGAAAAAACUAAAUUAAGAAAUGUCAAGAAACGAAUGAUGUUUACAAAUUCAAUUGUAAAGUUGCCUUGCAAAUUAUAUUGGUCAGAGGAAACGCUCAUUGAACACACGUAUUAAUGAACAUAAAAACGAUAAAUCUGUGGUACGUGCACAUCAACUAAAUUUCAAACAUGACAUUAUUUCAAACAUUAUUUUAAAUACUCAGGUAUUAUUAUCAGUUUGUGUUUAUUAAUUUUAUGUGUAUAACUGUUAUAUAUUUAUUAAUUUUGUGUUUUGUUAAAUAAAUUAUCCUGAAUAAGAUGGUAAACCACACCAUCGAAACAUCUCGCAACUUGACAAAAUAGCAUAAAUUUGUUUUUUAUGUUUUUUAUUUCAUAAAAUUAAAACCAUUGAUCGAAUUUAUUUCACAUCAAAGUAAAUAGACUUUUUUUACCAAAUGUUUUGUUUCAACUUUACCAUUUAUGGUACUAGAUGACAUAUUUAAAAUAUCAUUCGUAUUAAAGAUAGAAAAAUUAAUAGAAAAAAGUCACUCCGGGUAUUUUGUUAUAAAUACUUAAUACAAUUAUGAAAGAAUGUAAUAUAUAUUUAUAGGAUAUAAUUUUUUUUAGAAAUGGAUAAGGAGAGAUACAUUUUUUACAACCAAAGAAAUUUACUCUCCGUACCUUACGUUUCGUUAACGUAGAAUCUUAACGAAUUUUCGUCUACAACACCACAAGUCAAAUAUUUAAUAAUGUAUAAAGUAUAUUUACGAAAAUAUUUUUUAAUGCUGCCAGAUUUUUUUAUUUUAAUUGUUAUUCCCUUGAAUUAUGUAAUAAUUCUGCUGUGAAAAAUAAAUAAUUCACCAUUUAAAAUAA